AGAGGUCACGGUAUGAACCAAGCUAAAGAAGAACUCAAGAAGUUCCCUGAAAAAGAAGCUGUAGAAUUUAUAAACGUCGGAUCAAUGUCAAGGUACGAGGUAUGUGGAUCACCUCUACGAAGCGUGAAAAGAUUCAUGAGUUCUUCAUCGUUGCUGAAAGGAUUUGCAUCGAUGUUUGGACUGUGGGCAGAUCGACCUCGAUGUCAUGUGCUCUUAGCUUUGAUAUUCCUCUUUCCAGAGACUUAUAACCUCAUUCAGUCUGUGGCCUAUGGAUUUGUUUGUCCACAGUUGCAAAACAAUUUGGAUAGCUGGUUUUGCGGGAAUGGAACUCGGAACAUAUCUUCUUCAGAUGUUAUUGAUGGUUUGCAGUUUCGCAUAAACAAACGAGAUUUGCUGGAUUUCGUACUGAAAUUGGCGCAACCUGUAUCUCAUUUAGCGUUCUUGUGGAGCGUCUGGAUACCUUCUAAGAAAGACGAAGUUAUUCGCCAAAGUCACAUUUGCCUGCUAGUAAAACCUGAGCAGUGGCUCAAGCUCAAUUGCACGAUUUUUCUAUUUAUCUUCGCAAUGGUGUCAAGCACCUUAUGGCUUAUCAUCGAAAAUAUCACAGGCUCUACUCCCUAUCUAGUUUCAUCCAUAAUUUACCCCAUUCCACUAUGGGCCAGCCUGUUGACAUGUUGGAUAUUUGGGGCCUACACGUCAUCAUUAGAAAUUCUGACGUCACGCAUGGAAAGUGACGUCACAACAUCAGAUGACUUUGAUGAGAUCAUCGCACUUCAUCAAAAACUUUGCAAGACUAUAUCUGCAACUUCUGAUGCUUUCAAGGUUUGGUUUAUAAUUCACUGGGCAUUGUAUACGGCUCUGUGUGUUGUCUGGGCGGCAAAUGUUGUGUUUUAUUACCAUAUUCUGUUACAGUCAGCGAGCGCUUUCCUAAGUGGCACUAUAUACCUCUUUAUCUAUGUCUACGUGUUCAUAUACCCGUGUUACUGCGCAGCCUCAGUGACAGCCAAGUGCCAGCAAAUGCUUACAGACUUCAACAUGAAAUACAAAUAUGAAUGGAAUGAGACCCAUCCAUUUCGUCAAAGGCAACAGUUGCAUGUGUUCCUAAAGUAUGCCAGUUAUGCAAACUGUGGUUAUAAAGUUGGAAGUCUUACAUUUGGUUCGAUGUCUGUUUUCUUUUCAACUCUUUUGGCCAUAACAGGAGUGGGUCUGAAGAUCUUUAAUUAACGAAAAAAAGUUCUUAUU